CCAAAGAACUUGUAUAGUAUCAGAAAUAGCAUUGAUUGAAAUUUUGGAGUCACCCUCAAUCUCUAAAUGUGUAAAAACCAUGGAUUAGAGCUGCGUGAAGGAAGGCCUUCUACUAGUGCUAAGUACAGAACGUCAGUCAGCGUAGUUUAAACGUUUACAGGCUGCUAAAAGAGGAAGCCGUCGUGCAUUUGCCACCGUGACCUCCGAGUUGUAUUGUUUUUGGAAAUAUAAAGCGGGGGGUAUAAAAUAGAUUAAAACAGAUCUGGGCUGGGCCUUUGUUUUCUUUGGUUAUCCUUUAGAUGGAAAUUAUGCCACCUACUCCUGGAUCCGAGAGAAAAGAAUCCCCAAAUUUGGGCAAUCAUGAGUUGGGCGCGCGGAUCAUCUCGAUCAAGAAAGAAGAAAGGAUCACCUGCGCUUGGUGCUCCGACUGUUAUAUACCCGCAACUUGAAGGCGGUAACCCUUUUGAACCGGGUACCAAGAACUACAAAAAAUUGCUGGACAUACGUCGUCGUCUUUAUGAAGUUAGCAGCAAACGUCCUUGUGGUUUUACUAUCAGCGCCCCUGACCCUUUUUCUCCUGAUAACUUCCGCGGAGCAUCAAAAUUCAAUGCCUUUGUUCCUGACAAAACGUUGUUUCCAGGCCCCAGGUUGAAAGAAUCAAAGAUUGCCUGUCCUCCUUCUCAAGAUGGUACAAUCACUCACAUAUAUGUUAUGUAAUGAAGAUUUCCAAAAAUCUCCACUCUCCUUCCCUGACCAAACCUCAUGGGCAUGGUGAUUGAUGGGCAUUUCUCAUUGAUGGGUAUGCCAUGGGUGCUUACCUACUGUAAGAAAUAUGUUCAUCUGUAUUGAAAUCAUCUCUGUGCCCAGGUAUUGCUGAUGUUGAAGUCCUAGAUUCUGAAAAUCAGUAUAUGUGUGCGUGUCUCUGUGUGUGUGUAUAUACAUAUAGUGAAAACUGGAAGCUUUCACAAAAAUUCUGGUCGCAUAUAAAGAUGCAAUAAUCAGACAAUGAUGACUGUCUAUUGUGAUGUGUGUAAUGAUAAUGCUAGGGAUCUAAAAUCUUUGUUUUUUUUUUCUAACUUUAACGCCGUGCUUCAAUCUUAGAAACAAACAAGCUUAUCCUUUGAAUCCCCCAUUUCCCAUAGUGUUUUUUCAAUAAAGAUUCUUUCAUGGCAUUUUCAAGGCACUGGUUCAAAGAGUUUCCUGCAGGUUUUGUUAUUCUUCCUAAAAGGAUUUACGUCUUGGAUAGUUUGAUAUGCUUAUCAUCUUGACAUAUAGUUAGCUGACUUUCUCUGCUUAAACUUCAGAUCACCAUUUCUUUUGUCUGAUUGUUUAGGUCACCUGAAUUAAAGGCUUUACAAAUCAACGGUUACAAAUUUGCACUAGCAAUUGAAAUCAGCAUCAGAAGAGCAAGACAUUGUUCCAGGGAGAGAGGCUCUGAGUUCGCCAUUUAUGGAUCCGACUUUGAGCUACACAGAAGUCACAUAACUUGGAUAUUUAGAAUUACACCUCCAAAGCGAUUAUGUUGCAUCCACAUUGCUCCAACCUAAAAGGUACGGAAAGGAGAGGACAAUGAUCAAAAUAAGAUAUAGACGGAAGUGCCUCACAUUAGCUUGAGGAAAAGAUUUUUCACAUGAGAUACAGCUUGCUCAUGAAGAAACACUACUUCAAGCUGCCCUCAUUCUUCCUCCAAAGAAGCCUAAUAACUCCAAAGAAACAAAUUAGGGAAGUGGCCGCCUGAAACCUAGCUAGGAUCCAGGACAAUUAGGAGUGCAGCGUUCAGUUUUACUACCUUUACCGACAAUAUAUAUUAAUUGGAUUCGAGGUAUGCUAGAUUUAAAAAAAAAAAAAAAUUCCAUGUGUAGUGUUCGAAGAAAUAUUACAAGCCUGUAGAUGGUGAAUACAUACGAUGGUUCCUUACAAAAAGUGGAGUAUAUCAUAUGUAUUGUUACUUUGUUCA